CAGCUGGGUAACUAUUUUGAACCAUUCCAUAUUCAUUGGAAUUGGGAACCCGAACAGGCCUUUGUCAUCAUUGUUUUCUAUUCCAACUCUGUUUCUUUUUCUUUCAAACUUCAAGAUGGCCCUCAACUUGCAGGUUAGGGUGCACCCAGUGGUUUUAUUUCAAAUUGUAGACGCAUAUGAAAGAAGAAAUGCCGAUUCACAUCGAGUUAUCGGCACUUUACUUGGCACAGCAGAUAAAGGAGUCAUAGAAGUGACAAAUUGCUUCUGCGUACCCCAUAAAGAGUAUGAUGAUCAGGUUGAGGCAGAAUUGACUUAUGCUAUGGAUGUUUAUGAACUGAAUCGAAGGGUUAAUUCCAGUGAAGCAAUAGUAGGAUGGUGGGCCACUGGCCAUGAAGUUACCAAUCACAGCUCCGUAAUUCACGAGUAUUAUUCACGUGAAUGCACAGAUCCUGUUCACUUGACUGUGGACACCAGCCUACAGGGUGGCCGAAUGGGUUUGAAAGCUUACGUUUGUGCAUCUUUGGGAGUCCCUAAUAGUAAACAAGGUUGUAUGUUCACAUCGAUUCCAGUAGAUGUUACAUGCUAUGAUCCUGAGGUCUUUGGAUUGCAGUUGUGUCAAAAAACAAUGGGAACUGGGUCUGGCAGACCUAGAAAUGUAAACCCAAUGCUGGAUUUGACUCAGGUUGCUGAAGCAGGAAGCAAGAUGACUGCUCUCUUGGAUCAGGUUCUUGGAUACGUAGAAGAUGUCUUAGCCAAUAGAGUUCUACCUAACAAUGCAGUUGGAAGGUCCCUCCUUGAUUUAGUGAACUCAGUGCCACAUAUGAGUAAUGAGCAAUUUUCGGAAAUGUUCAACAGUAACGUCAAAGAUUUGUUGAUGGUAGUAACUUUGUCGCAACUGAUCAAAACGCAAUUGCAACUCAAUGAAAAACUCACACUGUUGACUUCACUUUGAAUAUUCUGUUUGUAAUUUGUACUUUUUUCAAAGUAACAAAAUCUACGUUAACUUUUAGAAGGAACAUCUGAAUGUUAUAAUAAGCAUAAGCAUUUCUGUACCUAAUAAAUUGGUUCAAAGAUU